AUGGCGAGACUCACUGACGAUUCCGGCGAAACGUCUGGAAAUGUACCACGUCCACGGUCCGACUUUGAAAAUGAUCAUGCACACAAUGGACUCUGGACUAGGCUCGUUCCUCUAAGUCUUCCUGCCAAUAUGACCGAGUUGCGGAAGCAAGAUCAAACUACCUCUGUACAACGAAAGGAGACUGCGACCAUACAAAAAGCCACACCAUCUGAGUCUUCAUAA